AGGGAACGCCCAGUCUGAAGCGCGCGUGUGCAAUAACUCAAUUCGCCCUUGCACUCCUAAACAAUGCUACUUAAAAAAAAAAACUUUGGCCAAGGCUAAAGUCUACAAAACGCAGUCCGCUCUGUUUGUUAGAGAUUCUUGUAAAUGUUUAAUCGGUGUGCAAAUUUGCAGAAUUUCGGCCAAAAUUAAUCUAGCUCAAUCUUCUCCCACUGCCAUAAACUGCGGUUCCUCUCAUCACCAUAUUUUGUAGCGAGUGUUAAACGCUACCAGAUGCGUCACAUUUAUACAUCCGGUGAAAUAUCGGGCUCAUUGUUCUAUUUGUGUGUGAACGCACUCUACAACAUUACCUAUUGCGGCAGUAGUUGCGGCGUGCACUGCUUUGUUAUGGGGAACUCGAGCAUGCAGUUGCAGCCUCCAAACGGUUCCAGGCUAUAGGGAGGAAGCCAAUCAAUGGGCAAAUACUUUUUUAUACGCAUGAUAGAACCCAAUCUAGUAUUUAGCAAGACGCAGAGAGCUCCCAACUGCAUUCUUGUCUGUUAUUACUGAAAAAGCCUAAACAUCUCCCGUUGGAUGAGAACAUGGUUUACGCGGAAUUACAGUCUCUUAACAGGCCACAUCGCCAUUGCUUCCAAAGGAUUUUGACAAGCUUCUGUUACAACCAGCAAAGCUGUUUCUAGCUCUGAGGUGUGUGUGCUUCCCCCCCCGAUGCAUUUUAUCAUGGAUUAUGAAGAGCAUAGUCGCUGUUCAGGUGUUGAGGAUGAGGAAGAAGGUUCGGCACCACAGCAGCCCCAGCGGCCACCCUCCCCGAUCCGGCCGUCCCCCAACAAACAGACUCUGACCUAUGCCCAGCGCAUGGUGGACAUGGAGAUUGACGGCCGGGUGCAUCGGAUCAGCAUCUACGACAAGCUGGAUGUGAUCUCGGAUGAUGACCCUAUGGCGCAGGAGAUUAUGGAAAUAAAGCUACAUGACUGGUGCUACAUGUUGGAGUUCCGUGUCGAUGACUGAUUGUACACAACGCAAGAAGAGUACUGUUACAAGUGCACCAGCAACAAGGAGAACAUGGAAAAGCCUCAGCAAACACUGAUGCGCUCCGUCCGGUAAAAAAACAGCCAGGAGAAGAGGAGUGCAGCUGCGGUUGCACAGAACCCUACAUACAACACAUGGAGCUACAGCAGCACAGGCAGCACCAGCACAGACACUUCCAGAGGCCAAGGUCCGUACUGUGGAGUAUAACCUUCCAGCUGUCCCCAGGAGGCCCCCAGUGUAUUAUAAGUAUGUGGAGAAGACGUCAGAGG